CACUUUGAAGUUGUCAAUUAAUUUGAGGUUACUGUCGAAAUGAUAACAAUGUACAAAUUUCUAUACAUAAUAUAAACAUGAUUAUUUUUGAUUGGGAGCCUUUGAAAUUUUAAAAUUAUAUUUUAUCCUUUCAUCCUUGAAAUUGUUAAAUAUGGCUAAUCAAAUUGAUUGGGAUAAGAAGUACCAAGAGGAUUUGGAAAGGGCACAAGCAUUAAGUUUGGAGUCUCUAGCACUAGAACAAUUCAGACAGAAUAAAUUGUUACAAGAAAAAAGUAAAAUUAUUUCUAAGACUCCUAAAAAUGUACCAGUGAAUAGAGCUGCUUCCAUGUCUGAAACCGAUUCUGACAGGCAACCAAGUAAAUCCAGACCCAGACCAGGAAGUUCUCUGUCCAAUCAAAAUAAUUCAUUGCUAGCACCACCACCAUCUUCUCAACGAAAAAGUAGUAGCGCUUCCAGUUGUGAUAUGCCAGAUCUGAUAUCCUUCUCUAGUCCCCCAUCUAAAUCUUCUAACCUUUUGGAUAUAUGUAGCUUGCAACAAUAUAAUCACAACAUAUCCACUCCAGGCAGUAUGUCCCAAACAACGUAUUCCCCUGCUCCAGUGGCAAAUAUCAAUACAAUUACUUCCCUAAAUAAUCCCCAGCGAACACUAUUUUAUCAAUCUUACCAAGGUUAUAUAUCAGGACAACAAAACAAUACACCCCAUACAUUGAGACAGCCUCCUUAUUAUUCUGGAAAUAGCAGUAAUAUCUUCUUACAAAGUGAUAAAAUUGUGGGCGGCAACCAUAUCCAACCUUCAAAUGUGCUCAGUAUUACACCGUUUCCUCAACAGAAUAGAUAUCAACAGAAUGUAUUGACUCCAACUCUGAACAUACCUUCUGGAUCUCAGUUUCAAAGUCCAUCACAAUCCUCUCAGGUGUUCCCACAUGUAAUGUCUGAUGAAGCAAAAGAAGUAACGGAUUCGACUCCGCCUACUCUUCCGCCAAAGAACCAACGUCGAACACCUCCACCAAUCACCUUGCCCUCGUCAUUGUCUUCCAAUGUUAAGGCCCAGAGAAGAAAAAACAUAGAAAAUUUGAUUGAUUUAGCUCCAUUGAAUCUGGACAGUAAUAGUGUCAGGGUCAGCAUACUACAAGAAUUCGAUCCAAUCCUCUGUCCCAAUGAUUACAGUAAUACGUCGAGAACAAUCAGUCCAGAAUGUCCAGAUGACUCGGCGUCCAUAUGCGAUAGCGUCUAUGAUGAAUAUGAUCCAUAUGAUUUCAUUUAUACAGGAUCUGGUAAUAACAGUCUUUGCGAUCCUAUGUAUGCCGCCGUUAACAAAGCCGAAAGUCUGUAUUCUUCGCCAAUAAAAUCCAACCAGACACAUAUUCAAACAAUAGACAAAAGCAGGACGACGAAAAUUGCAGUGGUGAAAGAUAGUUUAGUAGAGAAUAUAACACAAGUUGAUCCCAUUGCUAAAGAUGCUGAUUCUGAUCUCUUAGCUUUUUUCAAGAUGGUACAAAAUGUUAGAAAUAAAUAUCGAUACAAUGAUCCAGACACAAAUAUGGGCUUUGUAAUAAGUCCGAUGGUAAAUUAUCAAUAUGUAGAAGGAACCAGUAUUAAAAUAUGUAUACACCCAGACUUUGAUGGUGCUGAUUUUGAUAAACCAUUUAUAUUUACAUGUGAUGUUACCUCAAGCAUAGAACACAUAACCUUUCAAGCAACAUGUGAUUUAGAAGCUCCCUCCGAAAUAAAUUAUACUUUGAAAGUUUGGGGUUACAAUGAGUAUUUUGCUCCAACUACACUUUUAUCAGACUAUGAAUAUGUUCAUAAUUGUAUCAAAUUGGAGGAAGAUGUUCUCCUUAUUUUAUUGCCUGACAAUAAAGUUGAUAAGUCAUUUGCAAGAACGCCAAUGGAUGACCAAAGAGACAAACAUAUGUUAUUCGAAGAUGUUAUACCAACCGAUCCGACAUUACAUAUCACAUAUGACAACAUGAAAAUUGUGUUGGAAUUCCUUGAAAGUGAAAUUAAGAAAUUGGAAGAACAAGCUGUUUUAAUGGAGUCGCAUAUGAAUCCCUCAAUAUUACCAGACUUACAACCAAAUAAAGUUAUUCAAUCAGUUAAAUAUGUGAUAAAUUUGAUGAGUAGCCUCUGCACGAUUGAUAUAAUGGAGGCUGUAGAUGGUUUAACAACAGCUUGUACUUCUUUCAACAAUUGUCCGAAUAGCAGUAUAUCAAAUGAAAUUGUAGAGUGCUGUAAUAAAAUUAAACUGGCUGUGAUAAGUUUGAUUGAAAUGUAUUGUUCAGCUUUCAGAGUGGAUUUUAAGUUGAAAUACAGCCUAUUGCCUAAAGAACCAAUUGCGAAUGUGAACGAGAUAUCAACUCCUCUAACUAUAAGAAUCUGUGCAAUUUAUAAACCGAAUGCCGAAUGGAAACAUGAUUUUUAUCUUGCUGUUGCUCAAGUAUACCAUGGCACAAAACCUAUAAAAAAAUGUAUCCCCUCAUUACCAAGCGUCAAAACAGAGGAUCAUUCGUGGCCAGCUAGAAUAGUUUUCGAUCAAUGGAUAACUUUUGAUGAAGUCUUCAUUAGUUCUUUAUCAAGAGAAUCAAGAUUGGUGGUCGUAAUAUAUGGAAGAACUGAAGAACAAUCGGAAAAUAACGAUCCCAAUGAGCCUCAAUACAAACAGGAAGAAAUAGGGUGGGCUUCUGUUCAACUUUUUGAUUACGACGGUUUUAUGAUACAAGGGAGCAUGCUACUAUCAAUUUGGCCAAAAGAAUCAAAUUACUUAUAUGGUCCUGCGCCACCUGCAGGUUCAAACUGUGAUCCAGAUCAUUCCAUAAUUGGUAUCGAUAUCAAUAGCCCUGUUGUGAUAAAGUACCCUUCUUUAGGCGAUUCCGAAUAUUCUGUAGUGAAGGGUGAUUUUAACAGUUUGGAUCAACAGACUCAAGAGCAGUUGUUGGAUAUUAAUGAAAUGGACAUGUUGGAAAAAGUACCUCCGGAUAUAAGAGAAGUUUUAUGGGAAAAACGACAUUACUUGUAUCAUCUUCCUAAUUGUCUUCCAAAAGUGUUGUUGGCUGCACAUUCUUGGGACUACUCUUGCCUGUCAGAUUUACAUGGAAUGUUACAUGCUUGGAAACCACUGACUCCAAUACAAUCACUUCAAUUACUAUUACCGACGUUUCCCGACAUAGAAGUACGAAAGUGUGCUGUCAAAUGGAUAAGUACAAUGGGUACAGAUGGCUUAGUGGACUAUCUUCCACAACUAGUUGUUGCAUUAAAAUUGGAGACAUAUGAAAAUUCGACAUUGGCAGAAUUUCUGUUAGACCGUAGUAUGAGAUCACCCAGAUUUGCACAUUAUCUUUUUUGGUUACUUAGUCACAAACUUCCUGGUUCCUUGCCUCAGAAUAAUACCUUAGACAUGAAUGAAAAAGAUCAGGUCAACAUAAAAGAAUCAAGAUAUCAUAGACGCAUGAAAUUGUUACUCAGAGCCCUCCUAGCAAUAUGUGGCGAAGCAUUGAGAAAUUGUUUCUUAUCUCAACAAAUUCUAGUCAAAAAUUUGAACGAUAUAGCCGAGAAUGUGCAGAAAACCAAAGAUUCUCACAGACAGGCCACUUUACAGCAAGCUCUGCAAUCGGUUGAUACCAAUUUGAAGGAAAGUGAAACCAGUCUCCCACUUUCCUUGACAUUACGAGUUGCUGGUGUACAUAUUCAUUCCUGCUCUUAUUUUUCCUCUAAUGCACUGCCGCUGAAAAUAAAUUUUUUGGCCCCGGACAGAUCUAUCGUACCUGCCAUUUAUAAGGUUAGUGAUGAUCUUCAGCAGGAUAUGUUAACAUUGCAGAUGGUACGAAUUAUGGAUAAGUUGUGGCUGAACCACGGGUUAGAUUUGAAGAUGGUAUCCUUCAUUUGUAUCCCAACAGGAAAGAAAAAAGGGAUGAUUGAGUUAGUUAAGAACGCAGAGACCCUUCGAAAAAUACAAGUGGAACAUGGUCUCACAGGAUCUUUCAAGGAUAAGCCAAUUGCCGAAUGGUUAGCCAAGUAUAAUCCUUCUGAGUUAGAAUAUGGAAGGGCUGUUGAAAAUUUUACAGCUUCUUGUGCGGGUUAUUGCGUGGUAACCUAUAUUUUGGGUAUUUGUGAUAGGCAUAAUGACAAUAUAAUGUUGAAAACCUCUGGACAUCUAUUUCACAUAGAUUUUGGUAAAUUCUUAGGUGAUGCUCAAAUGUUUGGAAAUUUCAAAAGGGAUCGUGCUCCGUUUGUUUUAACCUCAGAUAUGGCAUAUGUUAUAAAUGGAGGCGAUAGACCAACAGAGAAAUUCCAUCAGUUUGUUGACCUUUGCUGUAAAGCCUUCAAUAUUGUCCGUGCAAACGGCAAUCUCAUAUUGUACAUAUUCACUUUGAUGAUGUCAUCUGGAAUGUGUGGGGUAACAACGGAAUCUGUCAAUUAUUUGCAUAAGGCUCUUCUACCGAGAAUGUCUAACCCUGAAGCAGCAGCAUACUUUGCGCGACUUAUUGAAAGCUCGUUAAAAUCUUGGUUCACCCAAUUUAACUUCUUCCUUCAUAAUUUGGCUCAACUGAAAUUUACUGGUGAACAGAAUGAUGGUUCUUUGUUAUCGUUUGUUCCAAAAACGUAUACGAUGGAAACUGAAGGUCAACUAAAGCAUGUUGAAGUAGUGAAUUAUAAAAAACGUUAUGAUCCUGAUAAAUACUAUGUUUACAUCUUGAGAGUGUAUAGGGAAGAUAAUGGGCCGCCUAUGGAAAUACAAAGGACAUAUAAAGAAUUUUGUGAACUUCAUCAAAAAUUGUGUAUAUAUUAUCCCCUCGCAAAACUACACAGUUUAUCUAGCGGAUUACACGUGGGAAGAUCCAACAUCAAGCAAGUUGCUGAAAAACGUUUUCAUGAAGUAUGUCUAUUUAUCAAGUCAUUAUUCUUAUGUGCCAAAGAAAUUGCACAUUCGGAGUUGGUAUAUACCUUCUUCCAUCCUUUAUUGAGGGAUCAGCAGUAUCAAGAAGAUUUCUACAGGAAGGCAAAAGAUCGAGGUUUAGGUUAUAAGAAGGAGAGCGGCAGACUGAAGGGACAGCUCAAAUUGUCUCUGCAAUUUUCUAAGGGCGUUUUUAGCGUGAUGGUUCAUCAUGUUCGAGGAUUAGCAUUGUUGCCAAACAGCCAGGAGCCUUCAACAUAUGUUAAAGUUUAUCUGCAACCGGAUACCACAAAGUCAACGAAAAGGAAAACUAAAGUUGUUAAGAGAAACUGCCAUCCAAGUUUUAUGGAAAUGCUUGAAUAUAGAAUGACUUUGGACACGGUGAAGCAGAGAUUUUUGAGAGCAACCGUUUGGAACUAUGAUCCUCUCCAGGAAAAUGAGUUUUUGGGUGGCGUUGAAUUGGAGCUCGGUCUGCUGGAGUUAACCACAGAGAUCACAGAGUGGUAUCCUCUAGUCAAUAUAAGCCGGUAACAUAGAAUGUUCUUGGAGAUGGAAAAUACUUGGAGAAUUUUUGCACAAUUAGAUAUUGAUUGAGUAUUUUCUGUUGGAUUUUAUAUCAUUAUUUGAUAAAUUCAAGUUUUUACUUGAAAAGGAAAACAUUGUAAUGAAAGUUUGGCAAUUGUUAUUGUUGAAUUUUCUGAUUUUGAAAUGGAACUGAUGUGUAAUAUAUUUUCUUAUUGAAGGUUUCUAAGUGCUUUAACUAGAUAAGAAAAAUCAUCCUCAUUACUAAUAACCUAUGCAUUUAUAACAAACAUUCCAAACUGAAAAUAUUUUUAUAAUUUAUUAAUUUAAUUCUGAUCUUAACAUAAUAAUAGAAAAUGACCAAAAUUUUACUCACUCUAAUUUUACUUUUCCAAAAAAUCAGUUCUAUUGUAAUUAGAUGAUAAUAUAGAAAAAUCAUAGCUUUAAAAUAUUCUAGUGUCCUUAACCCCAAGCUUGAUACAAUUGUACCAAAAGUUAUAUACCGUAAUUUAGCUUCCCAGACAGGGUUAUUACAAGACAAAUUUUAUGUUGUGGAAAAUUGAAUAUAUAUUUAAAUAUUUUAUAUUGAAUAAUUUUUGAAAUAAUAAGAAUUUCAUUAUGCAUUCUGUUCAGAAACAUUGAACUUUUGUAGUGCCUUUUGUGUUCUUCCUUUUACUUGUCAUAUAUAUAUAUAUACAUAUUUAUGUUGCUUUAUUCACAUAUCAAAACUUCUGUUGAUCUUAAAAAGAAAUUAUUGCUUUUGUGGCAUACUAUAUACAAAAUUUUCAAUCCGAAAUUAAAUUUUUCAAUUUCUCAA